UGGCUGCGUCCCCGCCCUCGGAGUCUGGAGAGCUGCUGGAGCCCGGCGGGAGCGCGAGGUGCAGGAGGCCGGCGGGAGGCAGGCGGGCGAGCCGCGGGAAGCAGGCACCAUGGUGCUGUCGGUGCCUGUGAUCGCGCUGGGCGCCACGCUGGGCACUGCCACCAGCAUCCUUGCGCUGUGCGGGGUCACCUGCCUGUGCCGGCACAUGCACCCUAAGAAGGGGUUGCUUCCACGGGACGGCGAGCCCGACCCUGAGAAGGCGAGGCCCGGCGUGCUUCGGCCGACCCAACAGUUCAACGUUAAAAAGUCAACGGAGCCUGUCCAGCCUCGACCUCUUCUUAAGUUCCCAGACAUCUAUGGUCCCCGGCCAGCUGUGACAGCCCCAGAAGUCAUCAACUACGCAGACUACACUCUGGGGACCACAGAGGAGUCUGUCGCACCUGCCAGCCCCCAGGCCCAGAGUGACAGUCGCCUCAAGAGGCAGGUCACAGAGGAGCUGUUCAUCCUUCCUCAGAAUGGUGUGGUGGAGGAUGUCUGUGUCAUGGAGACCUGGAACCCGGAGAAGGCUGCUAGCUGGAACCAGGCACCCAAACUCCACUUUCGCCUGGACUACGAUCAGAAGAAGGCCGAGUUAUUUGUGACUAGCCUGGAAGCUGUCACCAGUGACCACGAAGGAGGCUGUGACUGUUACAUCCAAGGCAGCGUGGCUGUCAAGACCGGUUCUGUGGAGGCGGAGGCGCAGACGGCUCUGAAGAAGCGGCAGCUGCACACCACAUGGGAGGAGGGCCUGGCCCUGCCCCUGGGUGAGGAUGAGCUCCCCACAGCCACCCUGAUGCUCACCCUGCGGACCUGUGACCGCUUCUCCCGCCACAGUGUGAUUGGGGAACUCCGCCUGGGCCUGGAUGGAGCAUCUGUGCCCCUGGGGGCGGCGCAGUGGGGUGAGCUGAAGACCACAGCAAAGGAACCAUCUGCAGGGACCGGGGAGGUCCUUCUGUCCAUCAGCUACCUCCCGGCUGCCAAUCGCCUCCUGGUGGUGCUGAUUAAAGCCAAGAACCUCCACUCCAACCAAUCCAAGGAGCUUCUGGGCAAGGAUGUCUCUGUCAAGGUGACCUUGAAGCACCAGGCUCAGAAGCUGAAGAAGAAACAGACGAAACGGGCCAAACACAAGAUCAACCCCGUGUGGAACGAGAUGAUCAUGUUUGAGCUACCAGAUGACCUGCUGCGGGCAUCCAGCGUGGAGCUGGAGGUGCUGGGCCAGGGGGAGGAGGGCCCGAGCUGUGAGCUGGGUCACUGCAGCCUAGGCCUGCAUGCCUCGGGCUCUGAGCGCAGCCACUGGGAGGAGAUGCUAAAAAACCCGCGCCGCCAAAUCGCCAUGUGGCACCAACUGCACCUGUAGUCGGCGGUCAGCCACCAACCUCGUCCUUCUCGGGCACGGUCAUCCUCCAGGCUCAGCUGCCAGUCGCCCCCUCCUACCCCUGUCCACAUGCCUACACCUGAAGACAGAUGCAGAUGUGUUGGCUGAAGCCAGGAUCUCAUUCCUCUCUCUCUCUAUUCCCAAUACUAAAAAGUGAGCAGUCACCAAGGCGGUGGGUGUGAUUGGCGCGUCAGGAUCACUCGGAAGACUGCCUCUUUCUCAUCUGUGCUAUGGGAAAGGAUGCGUGUCAGGUACACUCUGUGGGCAGCAGUCCUUGCUCACUUUAGUCUAAAGCGGUAGUUCUCAAACUGUGGGUCCCAACCUCCUUGGCAAACCUCUAUCUCCAAAAAUCUUUACAUUAUGAUUCACAACAGUAGCAAAAUUAGUUAUGAAGUAGCAAUGAAAAUGAUUUUAUGUUUGGAGGUCACCAUAAUGUGAGGAACGUUAUUAAAGAGUCUCAGCCUUAGAAAGGUUGAGACCCACUCACUGGCUGGCCAGAAGGUCCUUGGGCCUUUGGGGCUCACGCCAGAUUGAUGCUCUGGGUGGAAUACUCAGGGCAUCUGUCUUUACCAAGCACAGGGGCUCUGGAGCAGAGCAGGAAGGGCUGCUUUCCAUCCCUGUCCUCCAGGAGCUCCACACCAGGGCAGUGUGAAGAAGGGAACGCUCUGCUUGCUCUAAUUCUCCCCUUUUCUGUGUUUGCUGUUCCUGUCCCACUCUUGAGCUGUGUUGUGUGUUUUGACUGUUUUAUUUAAGAAAUCAGGGUGGGCUUUGUUUGUUUGUUUUUAUCAUACCAAGGAACCCUUUCCCUGGCAAGCUCUGGUGGCAUUCUCUGGGGUGACUGGGGCAUUCGGAGGGCUAGCUGUCCUGCCCACUAAUGCCACCACCCUCCCCCAACUGACUCUGUGGGACAGAUACGUCCUUCUCAGUGUGACCGUACUUCAGAAGGAAGCAGCUCUGAGCUUGGCCUAUUCCAUCCGGCUAUGUGAAUGGGGAGAUGGAUAACAACUUCAAGAGGAAAUACGGCCUCUCGAAAUGCACUGCCCUCCAGCUUGGGAGACAUGUCCCUUUAACUGGGAAAUGAGAAGAGUCUAGGUUUGGAAAUAUCUGCCUCCAUUGAUAUUUUCAACAGCUAACCCCACUGGGAAUUAAGUGUAAGUGGCUGCAGGCGUGGAUACCUGUGAGACAGGAUUUGGAUUGUCAGUUACUUCCUUGCUCGACGGCGCCUCGGUGUGGCCAUCUGUAACACAGCACCGAUGUCACGGGAGCCUGCUUGCCCAGCUUCAGAAGGCAAGCAAGGAGGCGUCUAAGCAGACAUAAAAGUUGUCACUGCUUACCUGAUGUCACUCCUAGCUCCUCAGGGCUGUGCUUUCUUUCCAAAACCUCCUCUGUGAACUACUCAGAGAUGUCAGACUGGUGAAUCAAAAGCCUUCGGUCACUUUUUACAUUGGCUUAGCUUGUUUCCAGCCAUGCUUGUAAGCCGCUUCUGAAUUGGCUGAAUCUGCGUGAACAGUUGGGAUUAGUGGGAAGGAACCUAAGCCAGGGAACACUUUCUAGCAAGAGACCAAAGCUGAGGCGAAAAUAAAGUGAGAGGCCAUUUCAGGCUGGCCUGCUGCUGGACAGUUAGGAGUUCACCUUCAGUCCUCUGUGAGUCCCCUCCCAAUGUCAACCAGGAUAAAUGUAUCAGUUUGUUGAGUGUUUGCCAACCAAGACCUGGCAUGUGUCUGUCCAUUCUGAUUUGAGAUGAUUCCAGGGGGCGAUCAUCUUAAUGGAAACAGCAGAUCAUGGGAUCAUGAGGCAGUUCAGGUGAACUCAGAUGUAAAGGGACCCCAGGGAAGGUGGCAGUCUCUGAACUGAAGUGAAGUGGGGAUCUUUGGAGGAGAAAGGUAGUCCUGUGGAGUGUUUCUGCCCUUAGUGUUUCCUGUUGUCACAUGCUGCGUGUUCAUUAUGCAGUCCCAAAUCAAAGCACAAAAAGACGCAUGAGACAUUGUGGUCACAUGUCUGGUCACACUUUGGAACACAAAUCUUACAGUGGUAAAUAAAUCAUUUCCAAAUGGG